AGUAUAUUAGAGUUCUUCUCACAUUGCCUCUCGAACUCUCUCGUUUCCUCAUCUCUCAGCUCAGAGAGUAAUCAAUACGAUGCCGUUUAUAGCACUCUUCGUCACUGCCACCCAGCUCGCCGGAGUAAUAGUCACCGUCACCGUCGCCGCCAACGCCUUCUCCUUCCAUCGCUACCGGAAAAAGAACCUCCGCCCGUUCCGAUCGCCGAUCGACGAGUCCUCGGACACUCUCGCCGUCUUCGAUGCUAACGAAGGAGAGAAUUCGUUUUUCUUUGGACUGGCGACAGCACCAGCACAUGUUGAAGACAAGCUCAAUGAUGCUUGGCUCCAAUUUGCAGAAGAAGACACUUGUGAUAAAUCAGAGCACCACAGCCAGCAACCUGCAGAUGCUUUGAUAGGUUCAGCUUCUGCUGAUGGUGGGUCGCAGCAAGCUUCAUUACCACAAAAAGACACUAAUAGAAAACUUAAGAGGAAAAAAUCUCGUAAGAUAGCAAUGGAAGCAAUGAUUAGGGGGUUCGUGAAGUACAUAGAAGAAAAGGGUGAAGAAGAACCUGUACAAAGCGAAGAAUGCCAUCACAAAGUAACUGCAUGGCACAAUGUUCCACACCCGGAAGAAAGGCUUAAAUUUUGGUCUGAUCCUGAUGUAGAAAUUAAUUUGGCUAAAAGGACAGGCAUCAGUGUUUUUCGAAUGGGAAUUGAUUGGUCAAGAAUCAUGCCCGAAGAGCCUGUCAGUGGUCUUAAGGAUAUUGUCAAUUAUGCGGCAUUGGAACAUUAUAGGUGGAUCAUCAAUAGAGUUCGCUCUUAUGGAAUGAAGGUGAUGCUUACUCUAUUCCAUCACUCAUUGCCACCUUGGGCUGGUGAGUAUGGAGGGUGGAAGCUUGAAAAAACUGUUGAUUAUUUCAUGGAUUUUACCAGGCUGGUUGUUGACCGUGUAUCAGAUAUUGUAGACUAUUGGGUGACUUUUAAUGAGCCUCAUGUUUUCUGUAUGCUGACGUAUUGUGCUGGUGCUUGGCCUGGUGGUCAUCCUGAUAUGCUGGAGGUUGCCACAUCUGCCUUACCAACUGGUGUUUUCCAACAGGCAAUGCAUUGGAUGGCCAUUGCACACUCAAAAGCCUAUGACUACAUACAUGAGAAAAGCAGUACCUUAACAAAUCCAAUAGUUGGAGUUGCACACCAUGUCUCGUUUAUGCGGCCAUAUGGGCUCUUUGAUGUUGCUGCUGUUACAUUGGCAAAUUCCAUGACUAUUUUCCCAUAUGUGGAUAGUAUCUCUGACAAACUGGAUUUUAUAGGCAUAAACUACUAUGGACAGGAAGUGAUCUCUGGUUCUGGACUGAAGCUUGUAGAGACUGAUGAGUAUAGUGAAUCUGGACGUGGGGUAUAUCCCGAUGGCCUGUACCGCAUGCUGCUACAGUUCCAUGAAAAAUACAAACAUCUCAAUGUCCCCUUCAUCAUUACUGAAAAUGGGGUUUCAGAUGAGACAGACUUGAUCCGUCGGCCAUAUAUUUUAGAACAUUUGCUUGCUGUUUAUGCAGCCAUGAUCAUGGGUGUCCCUGUGAUUGGGUACCUAUUUUGGACAAUUUCAGAUAAUUGGGAGUGGGCUGAUGGAUAUGGUCCCAAGUUUGGACUUGUAGCUGUUGAUCGGGCUGAUGGGCUUUCCCGGAGUCCACGUCCUUCGUACCAUCUAUUCUCUAAAGUGGUGACAUCAGGUAGAAUUACACGUGAAGACCGGGCACGAGCAUGGAAUGACCUCCAGAGAGCGGCUGAGGAGAAAAAAACACGUCCAUUCUAUCGGGCAGUUAAUAAACAUGGUUUCAUGUAUGCAGGAGGACUUGAGGAACCUAUAAUGCGACCUUAUGUUGUACGAGAUUGGCGAUUUGGACACUAUGAGAUGGAAGGUCUGCAGGACCCAUUGAGUCGCUUAUCAAGAUUUAUUCUCCGCCUUUUCUCUAUCAAAAGGAAAAGGAAACCUCAAAAGGAUGACGCUGAAUUGGUUCUUCAGCAUCUUUAGCCUCUGAUGGCUUACCCACUCUUGUCCAGAAUCUCUAUAUACUUUAUACGCUUAUGGGAAAUCUCAAACUAUAGCACUACCAAGGCAAGGGACAUGAGCUCCACCCAUUCUGCUCAGGGUUUCUUAAUGAUCUAGUUUGAUUUGCUGUCUUUAGUAACCUAAAUUUUUUUUUUCUUUGGUGUUGCAUAUUUUAGCAUAUUUAUCCAAUAUUCUAGCAUAUCUUAGUAUCUGCAUCCAACAAACAGCUAAUUGCCAAAGCAUGGCUCCUGCUACAGUAAACUUCAGUUGCAUGACUCAACAAGUUGAUAUGACCCCCUGUAAAUAAUUUUUCAUAUCCUAAGAAACCUCAAAACAGAAAAUAAUUCAUACAGAAAGGGACACAAUCCCCUGCAUGCAGGGGUUGCAACCAAAAACGAAAGCACCGACAAAUCCUUGAUUUCCCAUAGGAUCAGUAGCUGUAGGUUGAGGACCUUGAGCAUUUCUAAUCCAUGUUCACUCCUGGACAAGGCAUUUUCGUUUUGUUUUUUGUUUAGUUUUUAUUUUAUUUUUAUUUUAUUUAUUUUGAUUUUCUUCUUAUCAGCAGAAACAUCAUACAAUAUCUCUGUAUUGCUCAAAAUGCUAUGUGAUAUUUUUGUGAAGAUCUUAAAGUGUUUCUUUUCCUUUUCAAAUGCGCAGUGAAGACAAGAUUCCAAGUUCCUGAAAGCAGUCUUUGAUAACCGAAGCAUAUAUAGCUUCUCAAGUAAUUUGAUUAAAACAUGAGGAGACUGCUUGUUAGACAUGGAAGGCAUUAAGUUGGUGUGAAUUCUUUCACAGCAUGUAUUUCAGACCUUGUUUCUUAACUGUAAUAUAAUGUAUAUGUAACAUGUUAUCUUUUUACCAUAUUGGUUUCAUGUAUAUUACAGUAUAUAGUUCCUGUAAAAAAAAAUUAUUUCCAGCACUUUGGAGACUUUGCCAUGGAAUUCAGAAAAACAGAAGAAUACAAAUUUAUCUCUUUA